CAUCCAGCAGCUGGCUCAAAGGGCAGCUCAUUUUUUUCCCAGCAUGGCUCCCACCGCUUGGGCCAUCUGCUGCCUCCUGGGGAGCCUCCUGUUCCAUGUGGACAGCCACAGAUCUGGUCCCAGUCCCAGCCCCAGUGUGCCUCGGCUGCGGCUCUCCUACAGAGAUCUCCUGUUUGCCAACCGCUCUGCUGUCUUUCUGGGUCCACGGGGCUCCCUAGACCUCCAAGUCAUGUACCUGGAUGAGUAUCGGGAUCGCCUCUUUCUGGGAGGCCGAGAUGCCCUUUACUCUCUGAGACUGGAUCAGGCAUGGCCAGAUCCCCGGGAGGUCUUGUGGCCACCACAGCCAGGACAGAAGGUGGAAUGUGUCCGGAAGGGAAAAGACCCUUUGACGGAGUGUGCCAACUUCGUGCGGGUCUUACAACCCCAUAACCGAACCCACCUGCUGGCCUGCGGCACGGGAGCCUUCCAGCCCAUCUGCACCUUCAUCACAGUUGGGCAUCGAGGGGAGCAUGUGCUCCACUUGGAUCCUAGCAGCGUGGAAAAUGGAAGGGGGCGUUGCCCACAUGAGCCAAACCGUCCCUUCGCCAGCACCUUUGUAGGUGGGGAACUGUACACAGGUCUCACUGCUGAUUUCCUGGGACGUGAGGCCAUGAUUUUCCGGAGUGGGGGUCCCCGACCAGCCCUGCGUUCUGACUCUGACCAGAGCCUCCUACAUGAUCCCUGGUUUGUGAUGGCUGCUCGGAUCCCAGAUAACUCUGACCGGGACGACGACAAGGUGUACUUCUUCUUCUCUGAGACAGUCCCGUCCCCAGAUGGUGGCUCAGGUGAUGUCACCAUCAGCCGUGUGGGCCGCGUCUGUGUGAAUGACGCUGGCGGCCAGCGAGUGCUGGUGAACAAAUGGAGCACCUUCCUCAAGGCCAGGCUGAUAUGCUCUGUGCCUGGCCCGGGUGGGGCCGAGACUCACUUUGACCAGCUGGAGGAUGUGUUCCUGCUGUGGCCCAAGGCAGGGAAGAACCUCGAAGUGUAUGCACUGUUCAGCACCAUCAGUGCUGUGUUCCAGGGAUUUGCUGUCUGUGUGUACCACAUGGUAGACAUCUGGGAGGUCUUCAAUGGGCCCUUUGCCCACCGAGAUGGUCCUCAGCAUCAGUGGGGACCCUAUGGGGGCAAAGUGCCCUUCCCCCGCCCUGGUGCGUGUCCUAGCAAGAUGACUGCACAGCCAGGCCGACCCUUUGGCAGCACCAAGGACUACCCUGAUGAGGUGCUGCAGUUUGUCCGAGACCACCCACUCAUGUUCCAGCCUGUGAGGCCUCGGCUUGGCCGCCCUGUCUUGGUCAAAACUCACUUGGCUCAGCAAUUGCGCCAGAUUGUGGUAGACAGAGUGGAGGCUGAGGAUGGGACUUAUGAUGUCAUCUUCCUAGGAACUGAUUCAGGUUCUGUGCUCAAAGUCAUUGCCCUCCAGGGUAGUGGCUUGAGGGAACCUGAAGAGGUUGUUCUGGAGGAGCUCCAGGUGUUUAAGGUGCCAACACCCAUCACCGAGAUGGAGAUCUCUGUCAAAAGGCAAACACUGUAUGUGGGCUCUCCACUGGGUGUGGCCCGGCUACAGCUGCACCAGUGUGAGACUUAUGGCAGUGCCUGUGCUGAGUGCUGCCUGGCCCGGGACCCAUACUGUGCUUGGGAUGGCACUUCCUGUGCCCGCUACCGCCCCAGCUCUGGCAAGCGCAGAUUCCGUCGGCAGGACAUACGACAUGGCAACCCUGCUGUGCAGUGUCUGGGCCAGGGCCAGAGCCAAAACAAAGAAGCUUCGGGAUUGGUGAUCCGAGUCUUUGGCACAGAGCACAACAGUACCUUCCUUGAGUGCCUGCCCAAGUCUCCUCAGGCUGCAGUGCGCUGGUUCUUACAAAGGCCAGGGGAUAAGGGGACUGACCAGGUGAAGACAGAUGAGCGAGUUUUACAGACGGAUCAGGGGCUGCUGUUCCGAAGGCUCAGCCGCCUUGAUGCAGGAAACUACACUUGUACCACUCUGGAACAUGGCUUCUCCCAGACUGUGAUUCGUUUUGCCCUGGAGGUGAUUGCAUCUGUGCAGCUGGACAGCCUGUUCCUUCGGGAGCCAAGGCUAGAGGAGCCCUCAGCCUGGGGAAGUCUGGCGUCUGCCUCACCCAAGACUUGGUAUAAGGACAUCCUUCAGCUAACUGGUUUCGCCAACCUGCCCCGUGUGAAUGAGUACUGUGAACGCGUAUGGUGCAGGGCUGUGGGGGAGCGCGCAGGCUCCUUCCGUGGAAAGGGAAAACAGGCGAAAGGCAAGAGCUGGGCGGGGCUAGAGCUGGGCAAGAAGAUGAAGAGCAGAGUGCUGGCUGAGCACAAUCGGACACCCCGGGAGGUAGAAGCCACAUAAGAUGGCUGAGGAGGGGAUGGUCGGGCUGGGCUGGGGGACUCAACACUAUCUCGCUCCCACCCAGCUAGGAAAGAGGAGUCCCGGACACCUGAUUACCUCUUAGAGGCAAUCUCUACCACCUACAGGAAACUAGGGGCUGGUGGGAGGGGCCUUGCACCCCAGUCUACCCCUGCCUUUCUCCGUGUUCUCAGUCCCAGGCUGCAGCUGGCACCUCCAUACCACUUGUAGUCCCAAGGGGCCUGCUAUUUGUUCUCAGAGAUGGUGUGGCUUCCGGAACACAUUUCCGGUUGUGCCCAGAGGCAAGUUGGGUGGUUCUUUCCCAGCUUGCCGAACAAUGGCCAUUCUAAGUGACCCUCUGAGUGGGUGUAUGGGUGGCUCUGAGGGGAUAUAUUGGCAGUCCACCAGAGGAGGGGAAAGUAGAUUCCUAAGGUAGUACCUGAUAAGAAACACUUGCCCUGUGAGGUGUGAGAGAAAGUAGAGGCGCCGAGGAGGUGGGGUUGCACUGUUUAUCUGUCUCCAUGCCUCGGGAUCUAGAUGAUUCCCUACCUCAGCCCACUACCAUCUCAUACUCACAGAGGCAAGAAUUGCUGGAACCUGGAGGUUGCCUGGGCCUGGCUCCCUUUUUAAACCAGGAAGAGUUGUCUCAUAAUAUGAUACCCUUUUCCCAGGUGCCAAAUUGUCAGGCCAGGCUUGCUGGGGUGCCCACACCUCACCAUCAGAGUCACUUCCUGAGGAUCAGAGGGAGGUUCUGUGGACCAAAGAGAGGUUGAAGGGAGUUGGAGGGUAGGAGUGGGAAGUGUGGGCUACCUUUCUAAGGGUGAGAGGGGGCAGGCUCAGGCCUGUGAGGUUAGCAGUGGACACUCUGAGAACUGCAGCCAGUGGUCAGGAUCAGCAUACUGGGCUUUGUCUAGAGCCACAAGGAACUAGAGAGAGGUGGGUCAGGUCCAUGAGCAUGUGUCCUCAAGAAUCAAAGUGACAUCAGUUGGUUCAGGAGCCACAGGGCAGGCCAGAUAUUUCCAACCCUGGAGUCUCUACUGAGGGUGGUCAUGAUGGUUUGUUUAUAAGACUCCCAUGGUUUUUUUUUGUGGUACUUGGGAUUGAAUCUAGGGGUCUCAUGCAUGCUAGAUAAAUACCACUGAGUUCAAGCCCAGCUUUCUUUCUAUGGGAGGUCACAAAGAAAGAAAGCUGGUAUGGUAAAUCCUGCUGCUGGGGUGGGGGUGUGGAUGGGGUGGGGGUGGGGCUGAGUGACAAGUGCUCAUCUGGUCUGGGCUUAGGGGAGGAGCUUUGUCAUUAGCAGCUUCUGCAGCUGGGGAGCAGAGAGUGGGAGGAGGACAAUUAAAUGAAAAGUUAUUCCCAGCCCGAGGGUGAAGAAGUUAGUGACGCACAAGACAGACAAGAAGGCACGUCUGAGUUCCCUCCUUUGAAAAGGGGGGGGGAGGGUGAAGGCAGGGUGGGGGUGGGGGAGAUGAAAAAGCGAGAAAGCUUUUUGCUGUACUGAAGUUCAAACCUGAGGACCCUGGGUCUAUUUCCUCUACCCUGCCGCCCCCCUCCCCCCCGCAGGGUGCUGAGUUCUAAAACUUGCACCCUUUGCUUAUCUGGAAACAGGAGCCCUGAAAUCUACCUGCCCAAAUCCAGAUUCCUUCUGUUUGUGGGUUUGGUCCCUUGGGAUACUGGUGGAUAAAAGAAGAGGAGAGAGGAGUGGGUAAAAGCUGGAGAAGGGUUGGGGAGACAGAGGAGAUGGAAGGGGUGGAGGAGACCCUGAGAAGACAGAAGGUGGCAACCCAGCCCCCAGUGGCGUUUGGACUGAAUCUAGAUUUGGCAAGCUUUGGGCAGGGUCUUCUAGGGAAGUGGCCUGGAAGACACAGGGGAAGGACCUCAGUAUCCUAACAAUGUGUCUCUGUGCUUGGGAACAUAGACAGCCCUUGCCGACUGCCACCUUCCCCAUGGCGAUGUACUAUGAGCACCCUGAAAACGCCCACGUGUGUGAAUUGUAUCUGUGUUACUGUUUUGAAAUGAGCCUUUCGGCUUCUCGGUCUUCCAGGCAUACUUAUUGAGAUUGCUAUUGAUAUUUUUAUUGUCUUGUUGCCCUUGAGUUCUGACGAGAAAAGCAGAGCCUAUAAAGAAAGGAGUGAAGAACUAUUUAUAUCACUUAAUCCUAGCACGACUGUAUCUGUGUACCUUUGUACUAAACUGAUGGAUACCGGCUACGAAUGAGCAGGAAGAAUGCUGUGUGUUCCCGGAAAUGCUCAGCCUGCACGGCACUUCUAGCAGACAGGGAGAUGUGUGGCAGCGGAAGGGGUCUGAGGGUUUUGCCUGUAAAGCAAAGAUUGCUCAAUACACAAG